CGUCAUUUAUUAAUGACGUCAUUGGUUCAGUUGAUAUGGCAAGCACACGAGUUUUACAAGAUGACACGACUUAAGAGCUCAAAAACAGCGUGUAUAUUGCUGCUUUUAGUUCACGAACUAUGUUGCCUUGAAGAUGGAAGACCUGGAGAAGACGAAUAUUACCUGGCAGACCAUGUGGUCCAUGGAGAGACUAGAGGUCAGGCAAAACGGGCCCCCAGUUACAAUAAUGAUUUUCCACAAACACGCCAGAGCAGGUCAAAGAACCACAUUCUUGCUGACGAUUUAUCCUGGAAGCCGCAAGAUAUGGGAGGUUAUAGAAAUUCGAAUCCAAAAACACAUAAACGGCAUGAAUAUCCUAAGUUGAGUCCAUUAGAAGGUUAUGAACUGGAACAGGCACUUGCUCGGUACAAAAGCGGCAUGGUGAAUGACAAUACAGCCAAAAUGAAUGAUAAUGGAGGCAUGGUGAGUAACAACAGAGGCAUGGUGAAUGACAACAGAGGCAUGGUAAAUGACAAUAGAGGCACGGUGAAUGACAAAAGCGGCAUGGUGAAGGACAAUACAGCCAAAAUGAAUGAUAAUGGAGGCAUGGUGAGUAACAACAGAGGCAUGGUGAAUGACAACAGAGGCAUGGUAAAUGACAAUAGAGGCACAGUGAAUGACAAAAGCGGCAUGGUGAAUGACAAUACAGCCAAAAUGAAUGAUAAUGGAGGCAUGGUGAGUAACAACAGAGGCAUGGUGAAUGACAACAGAGGCAUGGUAAAUGACAACAGCCGCAUGGUGAAUGACAAUAGAGGCAUGGUAGAUGACAAUAAAGGCAUGUUGAGUAACAACAGAGGCAUGUUGAAUGAAAAAAGGGGCAUGGUGAGUAACAAUAGAGGCAUGUUGAAUGACAAUGGAGGCAUGGUCAAUGUCAAUAGAGGCAUGGUGAAUGACAAUAGAGUCAAAAUGAAUAAUAAUGGAGGCAUGGCUAGUAACAACAGAGGCAUGUUUAAUGACCAAAGCGGCAUGGUGAAUGACAAUAAAGGCAUGUUGAGUAACAAUAAAGGCAUAAUGAAUGACAAUAGUGGCAUGUUGAUUAACAAUAGAGGCAUGGUGGAUGACAAUAAAGGCAUGUUGAGUAACAAUAAUGGCAUAAUGAAUGACAAUAGAGGCAUGUUGGUUGACAAGGCACGCAUGAGGAGUGACUACAGAGCAAGGAUGCAAUCACAAAAAAAGAAAGGGCCCAGUGUAAAAAGAAACCAUAAUCAAGGUUAUAGACUGGAGAAAUCACUAAGAAACAUUGCAGGGAAGAGAAAUCUUGGAAAAAACUCUGAUAGAGCUGAUUUGCCUCGUCAAAAAAGGCACAUUAAUACUCCAAAAUAUCAGAAAGUCAAUAAUUGGUACAAAAGGCCAUCGGAGGAAACGAUAAACAGUGGAGGUAAUGGGAUCAAUAGAAAAAAUGUUACGGUAAGCGAGCUAAUUAACAUAUUGGACAACCUACAAAAGGCAACAAAAGGCAAAAAUGGCAAUAAACAGAGUAAAGAAAGAACAGAAGACAAGAUUAAUGCCAAACUGAGUGAACAAGCAACAAAAGGCAAGAAAGCUACUAAACAGAGUAAACUCACAGAAGAAAAGAAAGCUUAUAAACAGAGUAAACAAAUAGAAGACAAGAAAGCUACUAAAAAGAGUAAACAAAUAGAAGACAAGAAAGACACUAAACAGAGUAAACAAAUAGAAAACAAAAAAGAUACUAAACAGAGUAAUCAAAUAGAAGACAAGAAAGCUAGUAAACAGAGUAAACAAAUAGAAGACAAUAAAGCUACUAAACAGAGUAAACAAAUAGAAGACAAGAAAGCUACUAAACAGAGUAAACAAAUAGAAGACAUGAAAGCUACUAAACAGAGUAAACAAAUAGAAGACAAGAAAGCUGCAAAACCCAGUGAACUUACAAUAAAAGACAAGAAAUCUACACAACAGAGUGAGAAAGCAACAAAAGAAACUACUACAAAUUAUAAUAAUGUUAUGAAAGGUACACCAACCAUUAAGGGUAAAGAGGACAGUACAUAUGAAGAUAAGAAAUUGAGGGAACCAUGGGCAAAAAAACAUAACUUUAUAAAAUCACUUGAAUCCAGUAACAAUGAUAAACAGAACAAAAAGACAACAUUUCCCCUAAUAAAAAAAAUAGUUCAUGCAAUUUUUAAAAAUAAAGCAGCACAAAUAAAAACGCCAAACUCGUACAAGGUGUCUGUUACAGCGCCAAAAAAGAACACAGUAAUAGGAGCCAUUUCCCAGUUGUCCUUGCCAACAACAACACAAUCUGUGACUCAAGACGUGAGGAGAACCAUCUCUUUAGAUGACACGGUGGCGCCACACGUAAUGCUGUUUGGUCACAUUAAAGGCAUGCCAAGCCUUUAUGUAGACCGGAGAGUGUGGUGGGGCGUAUGCAUUGGAAGUGCAAUCAUAAGUAUGUUGUGCUGCUGCUGCUGCUUCUGUCGAGGGAUUGUCACCUACAUAAAGUCGCGUAACUGUCAAGCUGUGCACCACAUCUCGAAAAUGUGUGGUUUUGUGGAUGAUGCAGGACCAAUCAACCUGAGCUUGAUGAAGAACGGAAAGAAGAAAGGCAGCUACGUGAUCAGCAUUUUGGAUGAGAGCAAGGAAGCCCAAGGUUGGAGUUCAGAAGAGGAGGUCUUCAAUGUGUCUGAAGCAAGGAACAGAACUUCGACGCCAAAGUCCACUCCAGUGAAAACAAAGACCACCAUUCUGCAGUGAAUGCAUAUGAUUUUCUGUCAAAAAUGGACGUUACUUUUGUCUAUUUAAUAAACUUGAGGAAUUUAAUUAUGAAAAUGGAUUAACCUUUUAUUUAUUUAAUUAUACAAAUUUAAUAUUUAUUUAUUUAAACAAAUUAAAUAUAAUGUAUAUUUUUUUACUAUACAAUGUUAAAUAUUUUAUCUGCAUGUAAUAAUUGUAUAUGCUAGUUGUAUAAUUACUUCAAUAAAAUUGUUAAGAAGAA